AUGAAGUUGAAUUUAAGUCCAUUAGGCAUUGUCUCGACAGCUGGGACAAUUCUUGAUGAAGCACUCCCUGUUUUGAAGACUAUCCUGGAGUGUACGUACGAUGCGGCCGCUCUGGUUCCACUACCGUUUUUCUUGGAGGCGUCGCGGACCCUCCUAAUUAUUUGGGAGGCGUGCGAGCAGCUUUCGUCGAAUCGACUUUCUUGUCUUCGCAUCGUCGAACGCUGUGCAGGAAUGCUUUAUUUUGUGCGUGAGCAGAUCGAAGGAGUCGGUCCUAUAGUUGGCAAGGAACUCGAUGCGGCCUUCCAUGUCUUUAGAGAAGUCAUCUUCCAAGUAGGUUCUUGCUACUUAAUCAGCCGCCGCCCGAUGCUCAAACGCUUCAUUAGGAGAGCUGAAAUUGCAAAAGAACUUUGCAAUUGCGAUCAGGCUUUGAUGGAUGCUUGGUUAAGAUUCACUGCAACGGUAUCAGUGAGGAUCGUCAAGAAUGUCUCGUGUCUUGAUGGGAAAAUUCAAAACUUGGGGUCGGUCCUUUCGGAUAACGCCACUACGCUCUGUGCGGACCUAGCACAUACACUAUCAACUCCGGAUACAGAUACCUCCGCAGCAUGCAAUUCAAGCCAGAAGCACAAUAUAUGUUAUCCUCUUGCAGAGACCGUCCCAUCUGUGCCAGAGUGUCUGACCACCGCGGAGGGCAAUGUUCGUCGCGAGCUGCUUCCUAUCUUUUCUGAAGACAAUUCGGACAAGGAACUCCGACACGACCAAUUUCAGCUCGAACAUCUUCCUGGCUUUAUCAAUACUGCACUGUGCGAUGCUGACGUCCUCAAUGGUUUGGAAAUUGAACGGAACGAAGUUGCCGAGAUAAUGAAGGCCAUGCGGCGACAGCUGGAGUCCCUGCGCCAUGUAUUCCCGCGGACGACCACCGUCAGUGAAAGUACUCUCGCCGAGAUGGAGCUUCUGGAUGCUAGCAUUGUCUCUAUGUCGAAGCUGCGCUGCAUGCAGGUGCGAGGGGCUGGCACUGACGACCCUUUUUUGCCAUGGGAACUUCCUUCAUGGACAAUCACGCGAUAUGAGGUCGACCGGUUCGAGAUGAUCGAUCAAGGGUCAUUCUCUAGAGUUUACGCUGGAUCCUGGCGCGAUAGAUUGGUCGCAAUCAAAGUUCUCCAUGACUUUACCCCAGCUUCAACAUUUUGUCGAGAGGUCGAGCUGUGGCGCAGACUCAAGCACCCUCAGGUUGUUCGCAUGUUCGGGGCGAGCAGUGCUCACGGUGCCAAGCCAUGGUUCAUCGUGAGCGAGCUAUACGAACGCGGAAGCCUCGUGGAGUGGUUACUAACUGCAGCACGCGAUGAUUACGCCACGCCACACGAAGUCGACCAGUUCCGAUUCAUCUCUCAGAUCGCUGGCGGCAUGGAAUACUUGCAUGCCCAAGGAAUGGUGCAUGGCGAUUUGAAGUGCGCGAAUGUUUUCGUUAAUACAGAAGGAAACUGUGCCAUUGCUGACUUCGGUCAGAGCGAACUCAAGGAUGAUGCCUACAGGCUGAGCGGGCGUCAACGGCCGAAUGGGACACCAAGGUGGAAAGCGCCAGAAGUUUUGGACGGUGCCGCAAGUCCGACAAUGCAAGCGGACGUCUAUGCUUUUGCGAUAUGCUGCGUGGAGAUCCUCAAUAUGGGCAGCAUUCCUUACGGCACCCGAGAUGACGAAGAUAUAAAGCGGAUCGUGCUCGAGCACGAUGCUCGCCCAGAGGUGUCUGAUACCCCUCUUUCCAGGAUUGUUCUCCCAGUCAUCACCUGCUGCUGGGCGCGCGACCCCGCUUGCCGUUCGCCAUUUUCCAUGACGGUGUUUUGGCUUCGAGGCUGUCGGAAUCUCUUACAUCCCUAUGGCGCGGACGGCUUAGCAACCCCUUGUACGCCGAAUGGUCCCAUGAACUCGCCGGUCGUUGGCUUUUCAGACCGUCCCUCGCGUGGCUUACGAGGUUUCAAUACACCCCCUUCUGAAGGCCAUUCUUGGCUAGCCCGAGCAUCCAUGCCUGACUAUUACAGCGCGUCAUCUGGAUUUGGAUCUGAGUUUGGACAUUCAGAACCUGAUCUAGACUUGCCGGACGUUCCAGAAUCGUCUAUGUCCAGCAGGACAUCAGGUUUUAAGGAUUCGAACGAUGUCGGUGAGGUUGGCACCGUCUUCGAGUACACCACCGAAAACCAUCUCCUUCUUGAGAUGAUGGCCACGUCCACGUGGGCACGUGCUAUGCAGAAUGAGAGGUGCUAUAGGCUUUUAGCCAAGGACACCCAUGGGUAUGGAGAUUUGUUCACGACGCCUCUUUGGUAUCCAUCACCUAUCGAGGUGGGUGCUGUGGGGUAUGUAUCCAAACCUGACGGGGAGUUCAUAACCCUGUGCAACGUCAAUGAGAUUGGAGGAAAGAAGAAGGCCGAGGGCGACGUGGCAAAAUGUAUGCCUUCCUUGCGGGAUUACGGUAGCAUCAACGUUGGGAAGGCACGUCGUGUUCACAACAAUAGUUCGAGUAUGCUGAGCAGAUUCAAAUUUGGCGGCAACCGUCACGAUAUGCUGAACAUUCACAGCAGCGAGAACGUAUCUCGCAGGCAAGCAUUUCCCCUGGAAGCUGGUAAGAAGACAGCUGCGGUCUACGCUGAGUCCUUCGAACUCCGGGAUUUCUCCCAUGGCAGUAUUCCUGCAGUUUCACAGUGGUUUAAGGAUAACAUUCAAGUAAUCCUGCAAGAAUACGCACCGAAUCACCCUAUUCAGAAAGAAGACGUCUUCCUUGUGACGGGCACCGUAAACGCGUGCGACUACGCUCUAUUUGUGGCCGAUCCCGCCUCGUCAGGGGAGGCAUACUUCAACGUUUUCUCUUCUCGCAGAGCGAAUCAUCCAUGGGGCACUUUCACGAUCAAGUCUGAUGGCAAAGAGUUCUUCCCCGCCCGAAACAACUUUACGAGUAAGGUAUCACGAACCCACAAGAUAUGGGAUACCGUACUCCUUGCACGACUUCGCUUCGCGCCUGAUGCAGAGGAGCCGACCAUGGACUAG